AGACAACCAAAUAACCAACACUGAGAAUAUCCAUGCUCGCCAGACAAAUAACUACUAACACAGCCAUAGAGAGACAAACUAACGAUGUCACAAUCACUACAAGAUGAAUCACAAACCAACCCAGCAACACCCCUUCACCUCCACGCCGAACUCCUCCCCAACAUCCGCCAACUAACCCUCUACAUCUCAGUCCCCCCAAAUACCCCCCGGUCUAACCUCCAAAUCACCCUCUCCGACUCGCGGCGCGCAGUUACUGUAACAUCGUCCCUAUCCAACACCAACCAAGAUGACCCCACCCCAACCUCAGAGACAAUCAAACUCCCCGCGCGCGUCAGCGAAUCGUCUCGUCGCAUCCUCCAACAACAGCCACCCUCCACACAAGGCGAAAGCGAGUACUCCUUCCGCAUGCAAGUAGACGAUAAUGACACGUCCCUGCACAAGGACGAAACCACCCUAAAUGACGGGUUUAUUCCUUGGACAGCGACAGACAUGUCCGCGCAUACACGCCUGCGGUGCGUCAAGUGCCAUAACCCCAUAAUGGAGGGCGGUAAAGUGUGGAAAGACCUUCCUAGUGGGAACUGGGCUGAGAUGAUGGAUUUCUGGCAUUGUCAUAAGCCGGAUCCGCCGGAGGAGGAGCGGAACAAAGAGGGGGAGGAUCCCAAUGCGGUGGUGAAGGGGUAUGGGGCAGGCAAUCAGCUUGUUGCGGUGGAGGGGACGGUGUUGGUGGAUGUGACGAGUUUCUUGGUGAAGGGGGUGGAUUGUUUGGGUGUUGAGGAAUCAAAGGUCCCUCCCAAAGACUCAACAUCAACACAACCAGACACAGACACAGAACCAACAAUCCUAACCUGCACAACCUGCACCACCCAACUCGGCCUCCCCGACCCCAUCGCCAACGGCUACCGACUCUUCAAAACCAGCCUGUCCGCCAACACCACCUCAUCCUCCGAAGACAACGACCCCCCAGAGGAGACCUGGGAAUCCCACCCCCCCGAAACCAUCCUCACCGCACAACUCCUCGAACUCAUUGAACGUGAAAGCUACCGCAGAUUCGUCAUCCACUGUGGAGCUAAAGCUGGACUACUCAUAUGGCCCUUCAACCCCUCCCUCCGCUACUCCACGACCAGCGCAUCACACAGCACCGCCGCACAACUCGCAAUGAAGGUCUUUUACCAGCAUGUUGAUAAUGUCGAGGAGAUCUUGCAUCCUGAGGUGGGGAAAGGAAACCAGUCGUUGGCGAUUGAGGAGGUGAGGCUUCCGGGGGAGCAAGCGUAUAGGGAAUUGGUGGAGGUGUUGGAGGCGAGGAAUGCGAUGUUGCCGGCUUCGGCGAGGGUGUUUCGGGAGUGGAGGGUUGGGUUGUUGUGGAGGUUUGAGAGGAAAUAA